CCAGCUUUAAGGCGGUUUGAGAGCUAGAGACUCAAGUCCUUGGCGCGCGUGAGCGCCCACGCUGCUCCUUCCCCGCCCCAAGGGCUAGGAGCGCGAGGUCCACCUAUUUUAGACCCCCUCCUCCUCCCACCCGGCGCCAACCGCUGGCGCGCGCGGGCACCUCGCGCGGCGCGCCUCCUUCCGCCCUUCCCCCCGCGGAGCUCCCGCCGCGCUCCUCCCUCUCUCCCUCCCCUUCUCCCGGCGGCGACGCGCACGCGCGCCACACCGGCUCGAGCUCUCUCGCUUUCCUCCGCGGGACCCCCUCCCCUUCCGCCUCGCGGCGCUUCAUCGCGCCGCGGUCCGCUCGGUCCACCCCCGACCCCGCGGGGCUUCCCGCCCGCCAACGGCGGGUCCCCAGCCUCCGGGCCCCCUCGCUUCCCGCGCUCUCCUCCGAGGGCCCAGCUCCGGGCGCCCCUCGCUCUCCCCUCUAAUCCCCCUUCCGGACGCUGCCAUCAUGUUGAAGCCUCAGCCGCCACAACAGCCCUCCCAGCCCCAGCAGCCGCCCCCCGCGCAACAGGCCGUGGCUCGCCGGCCUCCCGGCGGCAGCAGCCCUCCCAACGGCGGCCUCCCGGGGCCGCUGGCCGUCGCCGCGGCUCCCGCAGGGCCUCCGGCGGCCGCUUCACCCUGCCUGGCGCCCGCGGCCGCCACCGGGAGCGGGCUCCGUCGCGGUGCCGACAGCGUCUUGGCGGCGCCGCUGCCGCAGCAGCACCAGGAGAGGCCGGGGGCGGCCGCCAUCGGCAGUGCCAGGGGACAGAGCACGGGAAAGGGACCCCCACAGUCACCUGUGUUUGAAGGUGUAUAUAACAAUUCCAGGAUGCUGCAUUUCCUGACGGCUGUUGUGGGUUCCACUUGUGAUGUAAAGGUGAAAAAUGGCACCACUUAUGAAGGCAUUUUCAAAACCUUGAGCUCAAAGUUUGAACUAGCAGUAGAUGCUGUGCACAGGAAAACAUCUGAACCAACCGGUGGCCCACGUCGGGAAGAUAUUGUGGAUACCAUGGUGUUUAAGCCAAGUGACGUGAUGCUUGUCCACUUUAGAAAUGUUGACUUCAAUUAUGCAACGAAAGACAAGUUCACUGACUCAGCCAUUGCCAUGAACUCGAAGGUGAACGGGGAGCACAAAGAGAAGGUGCUUCAGCGCUGGGAAGGAGGCGACAGCAAUAGUGACGACUAUGACCUAGAGUCGGACUUGUCCAAUGGAUGGGAUCCCAAUGAAAUGUUCAAGUUCAAUGAGGAGAACUAUGGGGUGAAGACAACCUACGAUAGCAGUCUCUCUUCUUACACGGUGCCCUUAGAGAAGGACAACUCAGAAGAGUUCCGUCAGCGGGAGCUGCGUGCAGCCCAGCUGGCCCGAGAGAUUGAGUCGAGCCCCCAGUACCGCCUACGGAUUGCCAUGGAAAAUGAUGAUGGGCGCACUGAGGAGGAGAAGCACAGUGCAGUCCAGCGGCAGGGGUCAGGGCGAGAGAGCCCCAGCUUGGCAUCCAGGGAGGGCAAGUAUAUCCCUUUGCCUCAAAGAGUUCGAGAAGGUCCCCGUGGAGGAGUCCGGUGCAGCAGUUCUCGGGGUGGCCGGCCUGGCCUUAGUUCUUUGCCCCCUCGUGGCCCUCAUCAUCUUGACAAUAGCCCUGGCCCAGGUUCUGAGGCACGUGGUAUUAAUGGAGGCCCUUCCCGCAUGUCCCCCAAAGCACAGCGGCCCAUGAGAGGUGCCAAGACACUCUCUUCGCCCAAUAGUAGGCCUUCUGGAGAAACUUCUGUUCCACCACCUCCUGCAGCUCUCUCCUUUCUUCCAGUGGGCCGGAUGUAUCCUCCACGCUCUCCCAAGUCUGCUGCACCCGCCCCCAUCUCUGCUUCCUGUCCUGAGCCUCCCAUGGGCUCAGCAGUGGCAACCUCUUCGGCCUCCAUACCUGUGACAUCAUCAGUUACAGAUCCUGGUGUAGGCUCCAUUUCCCCAGCUUCUCCAAAGAUCUCACUGACUCCCACGGAGGUGAAAGAACUCCCCACUAAGGAACCUGGCAGAACUCUGGAACCCCAGGAGCUGGCCCGGAUAGCUGGGAAAGUCCCUGGCCUUCAGAAUGAACAGAAAAGAUUUCAUCUGGAAGAACUAAGAAAGUUUGGGUCCCAGUUUAAGCUUCAGCCCAGUAGCUCCCCUGAAACCACCAUGGAUCCUUUUCCUCCCCGGAUCUUAAAGGAGGAGGUCAAGGGAAAGGAGAAGGAGGACGCACUAUUGACUUCAGACACUCUGGGCUCCCCAGUGUCCUCCAAGACAGAACCUGGAUCAGAGAAGGAGGACAAACCUGCCCUGGCACCCACAGGAGGCCCUGAGGGGCCAGAGCAACCCCUGCCACCUUGUCCAAGCCAGAGUGGCAGCCCCCCAGUGGGCCUCAAGGGUGACGACAAAGAUGAGGGUCCUGUUACUGAACAAGUAAAAAAGUCCACAUUGAAUCCUAAUGCGAAGGAGUUCAAUCCCACAAAGCCUCUCCUCUCUGUGAACAAGUCGACCAGUACUCCAACUUCUCCAGGGCCCCGGACUCAUUCAACUCCUUCCAUCCCGGUGCUGACGGCAGGCCAGAGUGGGCUGUACAGCCCCCAGUACAUCUCCUACAUACCUCAGAUCCACAUGGGACCCGCUGUGCAGGCACCUCAGAUGUAUCCAUAUCCUGUGUCCAAUUCAGUGCCUGGGCAGCAGGGCAAGUACCGGGGAGCAAAAGGGUCCCUGCCCCCACAGCGCUCAGACCAACACCAGCCAGCCUCAGCUCCUCCGAUGAUGCAGGCGGCCACCGCUGCUGGCCCACCCCUGGUGGCUGCCACCCCAUACUCCUCCUACAUCCCCUACAACCCACAGCAGUUCCCAGGCCAGCCUGCCAUGAUGCAGCCAAUGGCCCACUACCCCUCGCAGCCGGUAUUUGCCCCCAUGCUGCAAAGCAACCCCCGCAUGCUGACGUCGGGUAGCCACCCCCAGGCCAUUGUGUCGUCCUCUACUCCUCAGUACCCAUCCGCAGAGCAGCCCACCCCUCAAGCCCUCUAUGCCACUGUCCAUCAGUCCUACCCACAUCAUGCUACACCGCUCCAUGCCCACCAGCCGCAGCCGGCCACCACACCUACGGGGAGCCAGCCGCAGUCCCAGCAUGCGGCCCCCAGCCCCGUCCAGCACCAGGCGGGGCAGGCCCCACACCUGGGCAGCGGACAGCCCCAGCAGAAUCUGUACCACCCAGGGGCCCUGACAGGCACGCCACCCUCUCUGCCACCGGGACCUUCUGCCCAGUCCCCUCAGAGCAGCUUCCCCCAGCCCGCCGCUGUGUAUGCCAUCCAUCCCCACCAGCAGCUGCCCCACAGCUUCACCAACAUGGCCCAUGUUACCCAGGCCCAUGUCCAAACUGGAAUCACAGCAGCCCCGCCCCCUCACCCUGGGGCUCCCCACCCGCCCCAGGUGAUGCUGCUGCACCCACCUCAGAGCCAUGGGGGGCCCCCCCAAGGCGCAGUGCCCCAGAGUGGGGUGCCUGCACUCUCAGCUUCCACACCCUCACCCUACCCCUACAUCGGACACCCCCAAGGUGAGCAGCCUGGCCAGGCGCCUGGAUUUCCAGGAGGAGCCGAUGACAGGAUUCGUGAGUUCUCGUUAGCUGGGGGAAUUUGGCAUGGAAGAGCUGAGGGGCUGCAGGUGGGGCAGGAUGCACGGGUUCUGGGCGGGGAGUGAGGGGUCUUGGAGGCAGGGCUGUCCCACAGGGCGCCCGCCGACCUGCACCUGUCUGUGAAGUAUGUAGGGUGGGCAGAAGCCACAGUCGCCGCCGCCAGGGGCUUGCUCCUGGCUCUGUCCUUUGCUUCCCUCCGUCCUCGCUCAGUUGUGAUCCAGCAGCCCCCCUCCCCACUGCCUCCCCAGCUCUCAGUGACCCCGACUGUCUCCUGACUUAGCCGAGGUAAGGUCAGCGCAGCAGACAGGGCCAGACUGGGGUGUGGGGGGCUGAGCUGGGCACAUGAGUGAGGGCUCUGGCUUACUGGGCAACAGCGAUUGACCUGUGCUUCUGACAGCCCCCGAGACACCUUGAGGAGGCCGCUCCUUCCCACAUAACCCCGCAACCCCUGGACGCAUUUGUGAAGGGACGCCUGCUUGGGUUCUAAUGCUCCUGCUCUCUUCUCUUUCCCCUCCAACCAGUUCAAUCUCAUCCCUCCCAGCAGCUCCCCUUCCACCCCCCGGGGAACUGAAGAUUGUCCUGGCCGCGACCUGAGACCUCCAUGAGUGGAGGGAAGAGUGAUCUUUGUCUCUUCCCCCAGCAGCUCGGACCAGUCCCAGCCCCCACCCCUUUCCCCGGGAGCUGGGGAAUUCCUGCCAUGCACCUUGAAUGGGAGGGGCCUCUGAGUGGGCGGGGCCGGGGUCCAGCGGGUGGGGGGGUUUCUGCUCUGCCCCUGCCUGUUCCCACCUAGUCUCACCCUCCCAUCCUCAUCUGUUCCUCCCGCUGGAGACGGAAGAUCUUUUAUUUUCUAUUAUUUAUAACCUCAGACUUGGGCCCCUUGUUCUUUCUUCCCAUUAACUUGAGUGACCUGUGUGAGAGACAGAUGCCCCACAAGGAUGGUUGGACAAGGACUUUUACUUUUUAUUACAUAAAAAUAGUAAAAAAAAAAAAUAAAAAAAAUAAAAUUUUAAACUAACUUAACCUUACUGUAGCUUGCUCUUUGGAGAUGAGAGCAUAGUCAAGCUUUUUUUUUUUAAUGUUUUUGAGAGAGUUUCACUAUGCAGUUUAGGCUGGCCUGGAGCUUGCAACAAUCCUGCCCCAGCCUCAAGUGCUGGGAUUACAGGAGUGCACUACCACGUCCUGCCUAGUAGUCUUCAUGAUGAUACUAGGGUUAUGUUUCUCUGUAAUUACCCUAAACCUAGGGUGAGGAGCCAGUAGAGCAGUAGCCUGCCUCUUUUGAGACAGAUCACUAUGUAGUUCAGGCUAGCCUUGAACUUGGAGUGAUCAUUUUGCCUUAGCCUCCUGAGUGCAGGGAGGCACCACAUGCCUGGCAACCCUGCUUAGUUGGGAAUGAGUUCCUGAUUCAGUGUUUGAAGAUGUAUAGUUGAACACUGAUGCUGUGGGUAGCAGGGUGGCUAAAAGGUCCUGGCAAACACCUGCUGUUCUGGUCAUUGGAGAUAAACCGAUCUUACAGUAUGGGUGUGGAUAAGACCUAUAAAGGUGAAGCUGCUAGUGUGUUGGGAAACCAGGUUUAGAACAACCAGUGUUACAGUGGGGGUUGGGAGCUGGGUGUGGAACUCACUGCAGUAAAUGCUGGGGCAGCAUUGCCGGGAGUUCAAGGCCAGUCCUGCACUGCACUGUGAAAUCCAGUGUCAACGUUUGGGAUGUGUGAGCUGGAGGCAGUUUGGCAUCCUGUAACCUGUCCUUGAUUUCCUUGCCUGUAAGCUGGAAGUUGCUUCCCACUGCCAGGGCUGCGAAGAUGGCACCAGCACUCAGCGUCAAUUGGGGUUAAAACACUUGGACAAAAGCCCAGAGUCCAGGAAGACUUAGGCACUGCGACCUAUGACUGGGUAAUGGGCAUGGUAGGAAAGAAAUGAUUUAGCAAAAGGAAAUUUGUGUGCCUGCCACUUGGCUGCUAACAAUGGCCGGUUUGGGGGUUGUCAGGCUGGGGGCCAGCAAUGGAAACAGAAGCUGAGGAGCCUUCAGAGACAAGAGCCAAGUUCAGGCUGGCCUUGAACUUGACACUAAUGCUUCAGCUGGAAUGACCAGUGUUCCAUCACACCCAGCUUGAACGUUGCUUUGUUUGGGGUUGGCUUUGUUGCUGUUCUAAAUUUAAGAAAAUCUGCCUGGCAUUUUUGUGUAUGCAUAUCCAAUACAGCAAAUGGUAUUUAACUUCAGGUCUUGGCACAUAGCAAACUAGAGCCCAGGCCUGCCUUCACACUAGGCUGAGUACUUAGCCCAGCCUUUUUUGCAGUCUUAAUAAAUUGCCCACACUGGUUUUGGGUCCUUCUGCCUCAGUCUGUCUGGUGUUGGGAUUACAAGUAUGCGCCACCACAUCCAACUCAAACUUCUUUUCAAGUACUGGAGGUGGGCUCUAGGGACACUAGCACUGAGUUACAUUUCUUGUCCUUAUUUUGAAGGUAGUCUCACUUUCCCAGACUGGCCUUGAGUCUAUAGUCCUCUGUUCUGGCCUAAGUAGUUGCAAUUACAGAUGUUUGUCACCACAUGGUACUUAAUCCUGACCUUCAGCUGCUGGUCUUAAAACAUGUAGCUGGGUAUCACCCACAAUCUACUUAGUGGACAGGAGGCCUUGGCACCUGAGUUGAGCACCUGGAUGACCUUUCGUCUUAGUAGUGCUGGAGUGGAACCCUGGACCUUCACGCUGACCUAGACCACAGUCCAUUUUUGAGGCAGGGUCUCCUUAUGUCACUAAGUCCGAAACAGGCUUGAACUCAGGCGCCUUCUGCCCUCAGCUCUAGGACUUUCUGCUGUGCCAUUUUGCUGAGCAACCACAAAAAGCUCGAAAGACUAGAUUCCUUUUAUCAGCAGUGGGGGUGGCCUUGAUGAGACUUGUCAGUCUCCACGAUAAUCUUCAAAUUGGAGGUACU